AAAGGAUCUGCUCACCUCCUUAUAUAGUUCAUUUCCAUUUAUCAAGAAUAUCAGGAAAACUUUGCAGCAGGACUGUUUGCUCUGAAGACUACUAAAAAGAACAUGCAGACUUUAAGAUCCUUCCAUUUCAUUUUUGUGAUGACCGUGUCAGUAUAUGUAAUCCAGAUGGCAUACGCUUGUGAAAGUGAAGACUGUGACAAUGAUGGCCCAAGUUUGGGGAAUCGGAAUCAUGCUUUGAAAACCUUUAAUGUUCUCAAUCAACUUAAUUCUGAAAAGAGGAGGAAUAAUCCAUCUAAUGUUAUACCUUUCAUCGGGAUCACAGACACUAGCAAAUUGAGCAAACACUGCUGCAAAAAUGGAGGAACUUGUUUCUUGGGAACUUUUUGUAUAUGCCCAAAACAUUUCAGUGGAAGAUACUGUGAAUAUGAUACAAGGAUCAGGAGUUGUGGUUCCCUUGGACAUGGUGAGUGGUCCCAAGAAGAAUGUCAAUUAUGUCGCUGUAUUUAUGGGACUCUGGAAUGCCUGCCUAAUGUUUACAAGCAAGGAUGUGAGUCUGCUGCUUCCAGAUGACCUGGACAUUCAAGGAAAGCUUUUAGCUAUCCUGCAAAGGAGAAAAUACUUCAACUCAGUCUUGAAACCAAUUCUGAAUGUGAAUACAUAUCUACAGGAUUUGAGACAUAUCUUUGAAAAUCUUCAUUAUUUUCUCCCAUGACUGACAGGAUAAAUCUGAAGAAAGCUGCUUCUUUGUUCAAGUGUUUUAUUUGACAGUUUGCCAUUCAGGAUAAGCAUACCUGUUUCUUAUAAAACUUUGUGCCCUGAACAAUUACUUCAAAAGAUAUCACUUGUAUAUUGUAGUGACAAAGCACAAUUUCUGAAACAUGUUCAGUGAUCAAGGAUCAGAUCCUGUUUGUUUCACAUCAGAAUUUGAAGGGGAACAGUCUAGAAUACAUGUCCAAUAUAUGUACUUUCAAGUUUUUGGGUCCCUUCCAGACUCUAUCAAAUGCAGCAGGAGCCAAGAGGUUUAAGCAACUAAUUCAUGUCCUGUUUCUUUUCAAAUUCUGUUGCACUGUGAAAGAAUUUAAUUAAUCCAGGUUAUAUAUGGAAUUUGGGGUUAUCCAUCUAGGGCAGUCUAGGCAAAAUUAUACUGACAUGAUCAUUAAGUUAUCAACCCUUGCAUGAACAUUGUAAUGUACAUUUUAAUCUUUUCAUUACUGAGUGAUGGUUCUUCCAGUGGAAGAUGUUACAUCUACUACCAAAGUGGCAUCUGUAAAUAUGGAUUGAGGUGCAUAAGUAUUAUUGUUUGUUAAUAGAUUUUGUGUGUAUAUAUAUGUAUAUAUGUCUUUUAAAAUCUCUUGC